CAUUAACUAGUCCAACAAACCGCUUUCUCCCCUCUCCUCCUCGCUCUCCAAAGUCAAAAGCACGGACACCUAGUCUUAUGGCUUCCUCCGCCUCGCCGCCCAUCCUCCCUCUCUCCACCGCCCAAUCCACCGCCAGCGCCGACGCCACUGCCCCGAUCUCCACCCCAGCCUUCCGCGGCUUCCUUUCCCGCCUCUCCGACUCCAUCCGCCGCUCCCUCGCCAACCGCCGACCCUGGUCGGAGCUUAUCGACAGCUCCGCCUUCUCCCGGCCGGACUCCCUCGCCGACGCCGCCUCCCGCGUCCGCAAAAACCUCUCCUACUUCCGCGUCAACUACCUCGCCCUGCUCGCCGUCGUCCUCGCCCUCUCCCUCCUCUCCCACCCCUUCUCCCUCCUCGUCCUCCUCUCCCUCCUCGCCGCCUGGUGCUUCCUCUACCUCUUCCGCCCCGCUGAUCCCCCGCUUGUCAUCCUCGGCCGCACCUUCUCCGACCGUGAAACCCUCGGCGCCCUCGUCCUCCUCACCAUCCUCGUUGUCUUCCUCACCUCCGUCGGGUCCCUCCUCAUCUCCGCCCUUAUGGUCGGUGUUGCCAUUGUCGCCAUCCACGGGGCCUUCCGGGUGCCCGAGGACCUCUUCCUCGACGACCAGGAACCCGGCGGCGCCACCUCCGGGUUCCUUUCCUUCCUCGGCGGAGCCGCUGCCUCUGCCGGCCCGGCGGUCGGCGUCUGAUGUGGAUCUGACGGUUAUUUUGGUUGCGUUCAUCGAGAGGCUCAGCUAGGACCUUUUGGAAGAAGAAAAGUGAGGAGUUGAAACUCUAUUCAUUUGGUGGCUGCUCUUUCAAUCUUCCAGUUGGAAGGAAUCUUCCUAUUGGGUGUAGCAGGGAGUGCAAUCUAUUCAAGGUCAUCGAAGAAUGGUGCUCCACCAUGUGCAUGUAUAACACAUAAUGAUAUGGUGGUAGUGAUAUUGUGGUUGCUCUUGUUUAUAUGACUACUAGUAGCAAUUUGGUGAAUAAAAUUGUAAACAUGAUUGGGAGAUGGUGAAUUAUUUGGAAGUAGAUGAUGAACUUCAUUAGUUCUCCGUCCUUAACUUGUGGCGUUGAAUUUGUCAAAAGUUUAUGGUAGAUUAAUGUUUGUAUUAUCUGAAUAUUGUAAGAAUCCUGCUGCAAAGUAAGCCAUAGUUCUCCAAGUUUUGACAGGGGUCUGAUCUUCCAGA